AUGAUUUCACCAUCCUUUCGAUCAUCCUCUUCCUUUCAUGAUCGUGCGGUAGAUCGGAUUGAUCAUCACGACAGCUCACAAGAGGAGCAUGAUGAUCAAAUGGAAGAGAAAUACACCCCAUUCAUUGUUGAUAACAAACAUAUUACAUCAGUUCCGGAAGAAAUUUUGAUUGAAAUAUUUCAAUACUCGGGAUCAAGUCCUUUUCAAAUCGUACGAAUUUCUCAUGUCUGUAAAAACUGGGAAGAAAUCGUAAAUACACAAUACAGAGUGUGGCAGUUUGUACCACUCACCAUUUCGGAGAAGAAAAUUCCAACGGGUAAAGCUGAAGAAAUUGGACACCUCUUGUUGAAAUACUUUGAUCGAUUUAGUCCUGUCUAUGUCUACACUAGAAAAUAUGCUCACAUCUACAAGGAGUUUGAUAUUCAAUAUGAAAGAUAUGUCAAACAGAAGGUAUUUUUCAAUCAGAUCAAAGAGAGUGAGGCCGCGACCAUGUUAAAAGUCUACAAGAAGCCAAUCAUUGUCUGCAAGAAUCAAUUUAUUGAAUUUGUGAAACAUGUGAGAAGCGAAAAAGAAUAUGCCAAACGCCUUCGAAACAUGAGAGAAUAUCUCGAUGGAUUGGCACCAAAGUUUGAACAUUAUUCUCUUUAUUCAUUAUUGAUGAUGGCUGGAAUUAUUACAGUUGAUGCCAAUGUUUCUAUUGGAUUGUUAGGACGCAUUCCACCUGAACAAAGAACUCUUGACACUGGUUUGUGGUGGUUACCUUAUUCCAUCGUGCCCAUACAUGUAUUAUCUGGAAUGGUAUUCAUCAUUAUUUGCACAUUGUUUGUGAAUGAAGUGUUCAAAUUUAAGAGCCGAUCUGAAACUGGAAUCAUGCUCAUUUUCUUUGCCAUUUGGGGCUUACUGGUUUGGGUUUUUACAGGAUUCAAGUAUCACAUGUAUGAGUUGGCUGGAUACAAACUGACACAUUGGCAAUCAAAACUCUUCUCCACUUCAAUAGGGGUACAUUUAAUUCCAUUCUUUGCCAUUUUUGGUUUCAUAACAGCACUAUGUUAUGCUGAUUUGUUUCACGGAAAAAUUUCACUCAAGAAAACGUUUCCCUUCAUUUCCAAGACAUUUAAUUGGCGAGAUCUCGAUGUUCACAAAGUUGUGGCCAUGGUUUGUUCAGUUUUGAGUAUCAUUUCAUUGUUGGGAUAUUCCUGUGAGAAUCGUUUUGGGCCUUUUUGGAGUUUUCUUCCAAUGAUUGUUUCUGGAUUUGGAGCUACCCUUCACAUUACCUCAGACAUUGCAAAGAAUAGCUUUUUAGACAUGGAAGGCUUAUUACUUGGAUUUUUGCCAGCUGCUGGCGCUUUUGGAGUUGCUUGUUUAUCAUUGGAAAAGUAUUCAUUCUACUCAUUGGCUCCUCUCACUCUUGCCAUGGGAUCAAUUAUUGGAUAUCAAGUUUAUAAGCAUGGAAAGAGAUUGUUGACAGGGUGGUAG